UGGAGACGGAAUAUAAAAAGAGUCUAGAGAAGAGCAAUGUCAAAGGAAUCCAGUCAAGAGGAAUACAGGAUGGUGAAGAAUCGUCGCUUUGAAAAUAAAUCUACUGGAUAUGGUAUACGACAUUUGCAAAUCCUCUUGCUCUUUGCCGCUCUGACCGUGGGCUUCGCAAUGCGAGUGAAUCUAUCCGUGGCUAUUGUGGCCAUGGCCGAAUUUCCCGAAUACAACUGGACGGAGAGAAUCAAAUCCUUGGUGCUGAGCAGCUUCUUUUGGGGCUAUGUGACCACACAGGUGCCAGCCGGUCCGUUGGCUCGUCGAUUUGGUGGCAAAGUGACAAUCCUGAGCGGAUUAUCCAUUUGCUCCGUGCUGACUGUUCUGACACCGCUCUGUGUGAGGCUGGGUGGAUGGCAAGUGCUCUGCGCUCUGCGCUUGGUUGAGGGCGUGUUUCAAGGGCUGCUCUUCCCCUCUUGCCAUACGGUGAUCUCGGCCUGGGUGCCUCCCAAUGAGCGCGCGACCAUGGGAAACUUUGCCUAUGUCGGCUUUCAGUUUGGAACGAUUAUUAUGCUGGCCACCAGUGGCCUCUUGGCCUCCAUGGGUGGCUGGCCGAGCAUCUUCUAUGCAUCGGGGGCUGCUGGCUGCCUUUGGUCGGUCGUGUACUACUUUUGGGGCUCCAGCACGCCAGCUCAAUCCAAGAGAAUAACGCCAGAGGAGAGAGAGCUCAUUGAGCUGGGACAUGCGAGCGAGCGAACUGAAGAUGCGGAACUACCGAGCCAUCAUCAGAUCACGCCGUGGCUAAGUUUCUUCAAGUCACCAGCUGUGCUGGCUUUGAUUGCCGUGCAAUCUGCCUAUGCCUUCGGAUUCUGGACUCUACUAACCCAGAUACCCAGCUACAUGAAGAACGUCUUGGGCAAGGACAUCAAGGCAAAUGCCCUUCUCUCUGCAUUGCCCUACACGACCAUGUUUGUGCUCAGCUUUGUGUUCGCUUGGCUCUCCAAGCGAUUGCAGCGAACGGAAUGUGUUUCGCUCUCGUGGAAUCGAAAGUUGUUCAACUCGAUUGGAAUGCUGGGUCCGAUGGGUCUG